AUGCCCGGGAUUCCUGAAUGGUCUGCCGAAGCCCAUAUCGCGCUGAUGGGUAAGCUGAACAUCAAGCGGUCCAUACUAAGCAUCACGUCGCCAGGGACGCAUUUGAAAGCGGGAGACUUUGAGCUCGCGAGACAGGUGACCAAAGAGACGAACGAUGAGAUGGCAGAAACCCAUCGCAGAUUUCCAGACAGAUUCAGCUUCUUCGCAUCCCUUCCCCUCCCCGAUGUGGGCGGCUCUCGACAGGAAAUUGAUCGGGUGCGUGAUAUGGAGGGCUUCUGUGGGUUCGCCUUGAUGACGAACGCACAGGGACACUACCUAGGUGACGAGCUAUACGGACCAGUCUUCGAGAAGCUCAACGAAAGGCCUACUGUUGUCUUCAUCCAUCCCACCAAAUGUUGUUCCAUAGACCAUCCCACGGCCGACAAGCCAUUGCCGCAAUAUCCCACGCCCAUGAUAGAAUAUUUCUUCGACACUACGCGUGCAGUUGUCAAUCUUCUCCUCACACAAACAGUUACUAGAUAUACAAACUUGACUUUCCUCGUCUCUCAUUGCGGUGCUACCCUGCCACCGCUUGUGGAGCGGGUCGCAGCAUUCAGCACUAUCCUUCUCAAAGGGAAUACCAAGCAUUCCAGUGCAGACCUGAAGGAACUUCUCAAAACGCGGUUCUAUUUUGACCUGGCUGGCUUUCCGUUUCCUGAUCUCAUUCAUGGUUACCUCCGAAUGGGAGAUGCAAGUCGACUGGUAUACGGCAGUGACUAUCCGUAUACUCCAGGAGCGGUGGUAGAAAGUCUCGGCAAGGUGAUGGACCAGAACGUCAUGGAAUUGUUCACGGAGGACACUAUGGCAUCUAUAUAUUCUGGGAAUGCAAAGCAGCUUUUCGGUUCCUAA